AUGAACACUGACAACAUCAACGACAAAUUCACCCUGGCUCAGGAGCACGACGACCGCGAAAGGGCCACUCCUGCACCUGCUGAAGACGUCGCAACAGCUGCUCGCGAAAGGGGCAGCGAAGAUGUCAACAAAUGGAUUCUCAACGCGCUUCUCGGUCUGGAAGAGCGUCUGAUGCGAAUGGAGGCUUCGCAGAUCAAGACUGAAGAAGACGAGCGCAUGCGCGGCGUGAUUGAGAUGCGCAAUGCCUCGUCGCCACAUGGCCCGUACCACGGUUCGCGCGGUGUGCCGCUUAUGCCGCAGUACACGCCUCCGCUCGGGCAGCCACAAGCUCCUCAAGUGGGACCAGCAGCAGCGCCGCCUCCAGCUGCUGCUUACGUGCCUGUGGGGAAGUACCGUGUGCCCGAUGAUCGACAGCGCAAGCUCGCCAUCCGGAAGUUUGAUGGCAGCGAGCUCUACCAAGGUCUAGGCUCAAACUUCUUCGAUUGGGGUAAGUCGUUUUGGCGACAAGUCGACAUGGAUCAAGCAGCGUGCGGCUUCCUAUGGACCGGAGAUACCAAGACUGACGUCCUCGGGCAGUAUCUCUCGGGUACUGCAGAACGUUAUUUUAACAAGCAGAUUGACGCUUGGUGGUCGGUGCUGCCGACACUGCAGUUCGUCAUGGAAAAGAUGCUCCAGACAUUCCGUACAACGAUCACAGCGUCGCAGGCCAUGAGGCUGUUUACAGCGAAAAAGGACUCGAAGCGAACGUGGCCAGAACACUAUCUUUAUCUCGUGGCGGUGAGCGACGCUUGCGGAGGUGCCGAUUCGAACGUGCUGGACAACACCGUGCGAUAUGCAUCGGCCGAACUGUCCACUGUCCUCAUGGCAAAUCGCUCAUUUGGUCGUGACGUCGUGUCGCACGUGGCCGAUGACGAGCCACGAAAGGAGACGCGCACUUGCCACGGAUGUGGUAAAGUCGGCCAUCUAAAGCGCGACUGCCGAAGAAAAGAGAAGAAGCCGACUGGAAGACCCAGUGGAAGUCGCACCGAUGGUGCGAACCUCACUCUAUCGAUCGACGAAGACCCGAGCAGUGACAACAGCGUGUGGAUCCUGGAUAGUGGAUCCAGCCGACACAUUGUCAACGACGAUCGACUGCUGAUUAACGCAAAGCGAUGUGACCAAGAGUGCAUUGUCGCAGAUGGUGAGCCGUUGCGCCUAUCGCUUACGUCUACUUCGCGCCGCUGCUCGCUCGCCACAUCAAGCGGCAAGCUCGUGAAGAAAGGGUACAGUCUCGUGCACGACGACCAGCAGCUAUCACUCGCCAACCAAGACACAGGCGACGUAGCGUUUGACGUGCAGAUACGCAACAACGUAUUCUACGUGGCAACGUCGCCAGAAACGGGACGCAAGCAGUCGCCUACAGAUGUGUUACUGGCGGCGAUCACCGAAGAAGUGACGGUGCCCGUGCGACAGGAUGUGCAAAGCGGGACACUAAUGCACUUUCACGAACGACUCGGUCAUAUUGCUCUCGACACCAUCGAGCGAAUGGCGCAGGAUCCGGCAAGCGGCAUCGAGCUCACCGACCGCAAACGGCUCACGUGCAUCACCUGUGCUGAGGCGAAGCAAACACGAAAUGCACAAUCGCGGAAAGACAGCGGCAGGCACAGCCCGAUCGAUCGUAUCGGCGGUGUCAUCUGUUCGGAUCUCAAAGGACCGAUGACCCCCGCCGACCGCCUGAAGAACCGUUAUAUGGUCAACUUCAUCGAUCGUUACAGCAACUACUGCCGCGUGUUUCUCGCGCCUACCAAGGACAAGGCCGUAAAGAAGUUCGAACACUUCCUUGCGUGGUUCGAAAAGCGUUUCGACUGCCGAAUCCAUGUGCUUCGCACAGAUGGAGGCGGCGAGUACAUGAACGUUGAUCUGUUUUGCAAGUCAGAAGGCGUCGAGCGACAGAAGAGCGAAGCUCGCAACCAGGCUUCAAACGGAAAGGCGGAGCGAAUGCAUCGCACUGUGCUUAACAUGGCGCGGUCGAUGAUUUUUGCAAGCCGCUUGCCGCUGUAUUUCUGGGGAGAUGCCGUCGAAUACGCUGCAUUCGUUCUAAAUAGAAGUCCAACCAGUGCGAAUGCACGCCGCGCGUCGCCACUACAGAUGCUGACGAAGCAGACACCAGACCUGCGCGAGAUCGUUGCGUUCGGGUCGAUCUACACGGUGUAUCGCGAUCCACGCAAGAACUCGCUCAAGCAACGAGCGCAAGUGGGAGUGAUCGUCGGUCGUAGCGACGAAACUAAGGGGUACCGCGUGUUUUUGAAGAAAGACAACGUCGUCGUCGUCACACAACACGUGAAGAAUAUUGAAACGCUCAGUGACGAGCAGAACGAUCGGUUGCAGCGCGUACUCGAUGACGCAGAUAAGGACGAACGUGCGAUUGCGCAAGCACCGAAGGAUGCUACGAAGAAGAAGAAGCAGUGGACGCGCACAGCACACGGCACACGAAGCGCAUCGAAGCGUGCUCAAGUGUCUGCAGCUCAGGAGGAGCCUGCAAGCGCGAUCGACAUCGCCGCUCACCUGUACGAACGUGAUCCGACCAACUACAGCGAGGCAAUGCGGAGCACGAAGCGUCCCGACUGGGAAAAAGCGAUGCGUGAAGAAAUCGCAGCGCUCGAAGCGAACGAUGUGUGGCGUGUGAUCAAGCGCCCUGCCGGUAGCAACGCUCUGCAUAGCAAGUGGGUUUACAAAACAAAAACCGACGCACAUGGCGACCUGGAGCGCUACAAGGCUCGACUGGUCGCAUGUGGCAAUGAACAGGUGUUUGGCAUCUACUACCAGCUCACCUUCGCGGCCGUCAUGGACAUGUCGACCGUGAAGGUUAUUAUCGCGCUUGCAGCAACAUGGAACGUGCCAGCCAAACACGGGGACAUUCCAAAUGCCUACGUUCGCGCAAAUAAGGAAGCGAACCUCGAGAUCCUGCUUCAAGUACCACGCGGCAUGGAGGUGAACGACACGACGUUGCAGCAAUUAGGAGCAAAGGACAAGAACGGUGUCGUGUUGCAGCUCAAGAAGAGCUUAUAUGGGUUAAAGCAGGCGGGACGCCUGUGGAGCCAGUUGCUACACUCAAGCCUCACCGAUGCCGGUUUCCUACGUUGUUGCUUGGACAUGUGUUUGUACUUGAAGAAUGAAGGCGCCGAGCUCGUCGUCGUAGGAGCAUACGUCGACGAUCUCCUCGUGACCGGCACCAGCACUGCAGUUGUCGAUCGCUUCUUUGUGAGCUUAUCGACACUCGCGAUUAAGGAUCUCGGCGAAGUAAGCAAGUUUCUGGGAAUGCGCGUCACGCGUGACGGCUCAAGCUACACGCUUGAUCAAGAGGAAUCGAUCAAGGACCUGCUGCGCGAGCACGGCCUCGAGGCGGCGAACCCGACGCGCGCACCAAUUAGUGCCGACUGCUACGACGCCGACGAAGGCGACAUGAAGAUGCUUAAGGUCUUGUCGUCGUCUGGAGAGCCAACAGUGAAGUCGUUCCAGUCGCUCGUCGGCAGUCUGCUUUGGAUAGCACGUUGCACGCGUCCAGAUGUCGCGUUUGCGGUGCAUAAAGCAACUCGACAGACGCACGCACCUCGGCUCAAGGACUGGAAGUUGGCGAAGCGUAUUGCUCGCUAUCUCAAGGGCACAACUGCCUUGAAGAUGAUCAUGACUCCAGCGCAUGACGCGAGCUUUCCAAUUACGCUCGAGGCGUACAGCGACGCUGAUUACGCCGCGGACAAGAGCAUUGCAAGUCCCUAA